UCUCUUCAAUCAUUUCAUCAAUGUAAGUUAAAAAAAAACUUAUAUCUUUUUCGAUUCCUUCGUCUCAGUAACCUGUUAAUUUUAUUAAUGAAAAUAAGAAAUCGUAAUUUUGAAUUAGAGGGCAUUAGAUUCUGAAUCGAGUUUUCUUUUUGUUCUUCUUUCUUUUUAGGUUUAAAUUUGUUUCUUUUUUUAUGUACAAAUCUUCGCUUUCCAUUGCUUGAACCGUAAAUUAUAUAAUAAAAUGUCUAUUAUCUUUUUUUUUGGUAUUUUUGUUAUUGUGGAUUAGGGUUAGGGUUAGGGUUUUUGUAGAUAUGAUCAAGCAGAUAUUAGGAAAGCUACCUCGAAAACCAUCGAAAUCAUCCCAAAAUGAUUCAAAUGGUGAUGGAGGAGUCAAUGGUAAUUCCUCUUUGAACUCUUCUCUAGGACCCAAUUCUUUAAACAACUCAAAACCGGGUUUCGCUUCUUCAAAAUCUUCGAAUUCAGGUUCACGUUUGAACAAUGGGACUCUUAUUUCAUAUUCAUCGAGUUCGAAUAAAUCGAAUCAAGGGAAGAACACAUCCCCACUUGCAAGCCAAGCGGGUCAUACGUUAGCUUCAGGGGUUUAUGAAGCUUUGCCUAGUUUCCGGGAUGUUCCAAGCUCGGAAAAGCAGAGUCUUUUUCUUAGGAAGUUGAGUAUGUGUUGUGUGCUUUUUGAUUUUAGUGAUCCAUCAAAGAACCUUAAGGAAAAGGACAUAAAGAGGCAGAUUUUGCUGGAGCUUGUUGAUUAUAUUUCUUCUGUUACAUCGAAGUUCAAUGAGGUCACAAUGCAAGAGAUUACUAGGAUGGUGGCUGCUAAUCUGUUUCGAACGUUUCCAUCUCCGAGUCAUGAUAGCAAGCUUCUAGAAAUGUAUGAUUUGGAAGAAGAGGAACCGGCCAUGGAUCCUGCCUGGCCUCAUCUUCAGAUUGUAUAUGAGUUUUUACUUAGAUUCGUGGCCUCACCAGAGACUGACGCCAAGCUUGCUAAAAGAUAUAUUGACCAUUCAUUCGUGUUGAAAUUGUUGGAUUUGUUUGAUUCAGAUGACCAAAGGGAAAGGGAUUAUCUAAAGACAAUUCUCCAUCGGAUUUAUGGAAAGUUCAUGGUGCAUCGGCCAUUUAUUAGGAAAGCCAUCAAUAAUAUCUUCUAUAGGUUUAUUUUUGAGACAGAGAAACACAAUGGUAUUGCUGAGUUGCUUGAAAUAUUGGGGAGCAUAAUAAAUGGGUUUGCUUUGCCUUUGAAGGAAGAGCACAAGCUCUUCUUGGUCCGAGCUUUGAUUCCUCUUCACAAGCCCAAGUGUGUGUCAACGUACCAUCAACAACUUUCUUAUUGCAUUACUCAGUUUGUUGAGAAAGACUUCAAGCUGGCUGAUACAGUCAUUCGAGGCCUUCUAAAGUAUUGGCCUGUAACUAAUAGUUCAAAGGAGGUGAUGUUCCUUGGCGAGUUGGAAGAAGUUCUAGAAGCUACUCAGGCAGCAGAAUUCCAACGCUGCAUGGUUCCACUUUUCCGUCAGAUUGGUCGCUGCCUCAACAGCUCACACUUUCAGGUAGCUGAACGUGCUUUGUUUUUGUGGAACAAUGAUCACAUAAGAAAUCUGAUCACCCAGAACCGCAAAGUAAUACUCCCUAUAAUCUUCCCAGCAUUGGAGAGAAACACACGUGGUCAUUGGAACCAGGCAGUUCAGAGUCUUACACUGAAUGUCAGGAAGAUAUUCUCAGAUGCUGAUCAAUCACUUUUUGAUGAGUGCUUGGCCAGAUUCCAAGAAGAUGAAGCGAAGGAAAAAGAGAUGCUGAAGAAGCGGGAACUAACGUGGAAGAGGUUGGAAGAUGUGGCUGCAUCUACUGCAGUAAGCAAUGAGGCUGUACUGGUUUCAAGAUUUGUCUCUUCCAUUGCCAUUGCCACCAGCACAAGUCCGAAGGCAACGGCGGGUAGUUGAGAGAUGCAAUGAAUGCAAUUUGUAAGAAAUCAUUCACAUCCAUCGUAGUGGAAUGAUCCAGGGUGUAACUGGACUGGCACAGCAUGGGAAUUGGUUGAUCUCACUUGGGUUUUUAUCAGCGAGUCUCUACCCCCUGCCUGACAAGUGAAGGUGGGGUUCUGUGGAUAUUAAGGUUGCUUCUUUUUUGGUUCUGGGCUCAUUCAUUUUUUUAUCUUCCUUCUUUGCGUUUAUUACUUUCGCCCCUUUCCUUCCUCUAACAUGAUGGAAGUGCAAGUGUGUAUCAUAAGGGAUUUAGUUUAUAAAGGCAGUUCGUUGGAUUUACUAUCAGAUACUAUUUAUCAUUGUCAUUAUUUUUUGUAAUGAUGCAAGGAGAUAAUUUUUCCCCGGUUC